GUCUUCCGUGUCGUCCUCCGGGACGUGAAGCGGUACGACACGUACGAGACCCGCCAAUUCGACCUGCCGUUGAACUCAACCUUUGCUAUCGGCCGUGCCUCGAGCAGUGUUACCAAGAAAGAGUUGAUGGCUGCACCGCACAAUGCAUAUAUCGAUAGCCCAGUCAUCUCUCGCCAACACGCCGUCCUCUCCGCCAACUCCACCACCGGCGUACCUGAAGUCUACAUUAGCGACCAAGGCUCCAUGCACGGCACCAUGGUCAACGGCCAUAAGCUAACACCAAAUGCACCUUCUAAACUCUCGUACGGCGACGAACUCCAGUUUGGCACCGACGUUAAUCGUAACGAGGAAUUCUUUCCAGCACGCAGAUACGUCUUCGAGUCCCAACUCAUCCGCCCUUUCUCCCUUGGUUUCACGGUUCCCGACGCCGAGAGCGAGGAUGAGGAGGUAGAAGUGGAACAAGUCCACCGCUGUGGCAGCCACGCCGAUCCAUUUGUCAUUGAAGAGGACUCCGAAGAGGCUGCAGACAAGGCAAACGCUACUAUAGUCAUGGAAGACAUGCUGCUCCAGGGGCAGCCAGCCAAGACAAGCCGCUUUGGUCCGGAUGUGUACACCGAGUCCAUAUUGCGUACAACGAUUGUCGAGGAUGUCUAUGACGAGGACGUGGAAGGGGAAGACCUACAUGAAGCUGGUUACGCGUCAAAUGACGAUGAGUCAGUCUCACCUCGCACUCCCAGUCCUGCUAGUGUAGAAGACAACGGCCGACUUAUUGAGAGUGACCUCGACAGCAAGUCUGAAAGCAUUAACAGCUCUGAGAUUGAUUCUGAGUCUGAAGGCGAGAUGAAUGAGGCCGAAUACUCUGAGACUGUCGCAGCCUCAGCCCCCCAAGGAGUCCAGUACUCAAACAGGGACACGUUACCCGCCUCGGGACAGUCGGCCAACGCUCAGCCAACUGAUCCCCCCCUUCGACGCAUUUACACUUUUGAAGGUGCAGACGCCCCACUGCGACUUCCUUGUGUUGACAUGUUCGGCCUUCAACGCUCUGGCAAUCAUGAAAAUACAUGCGGCGAGUCCUCCAAGGCUGGCAUGGCAAAGGCUGCCAAAAUCGACCGCGCGCCUUCAUGUUGCGAGACGGCCCCACCUCUGCCACCUCGUUCCGCAUCUAAACCUGCAUCUUGGGGCACCUGGGCAUAUCCCCCUCAUUGCCAGAACGAAGUUCAAGAUUGGUACCAGCCGGCCGAUUAUGUGCCCAUGACCUAUGAACACCCGUCUCUUUUGUACAACCCUGCACAGCCUCUUGCACAAGAACCCGUUGAUCCUCGAUCGUCUACAUCUUUCUAUCCUCAACCCAGCGAGCCAUCCCAAGCUCACCGACUCCAAACACCUCCACCAGCCCCAGUUUCAGAAGCUGAGGUCCUUACACCAUUGCAGCCCGGCCGCCGCACAAAGGUUUCUAUUGAAGAGAUUGUCGAAGAGGUUGUCGAAGAACAUCCGCCCACGCCAGAAUCAGUCAAUUACAUGAAGCGCAAGGCUGAUGUACUUGAGGAGGACCCAGCCGUGUCCCAAGGGGAUGUUCCGAAGAUGGUCUCAGUUGCUUCUGAUGAGAGUGAAGGCAACCCAAUGGAUACAGAUCCAGUUGUUGAGGUCGGGACCGCUCAGACAGCUGCUCAAAUUGCUCAGCGUCCAAAGAAAAUACCUCGUUCUGUGCUUGGUAAGGUUCUUAACAAGGCUGCCUACCCUCUUCUUGGCGCCACUGGUGCGGUCGUGUCUUUCGCACUUCUCUCCACCCUUCCGGAUACCUUUUUCUUGUAG